AUGCAAUACAAGCAAGGAAGUGAAAAAGUGGAUAUGAUAAAUACAUCUUACAUACCUGUUUCAAGACCAUUGUCAUUAACUGAAGAUCCUGAAAUACAACGAACUCGAAAAAUUCUUUUAAUUAUACUUAGCGCUUUUUCUGUGAUCAGUACUAUAAGUGCUAUAUCUGGAAAUGGAAUGUCUAAUAGUAUGCAAGAAACUCGACGUGGUACACAAAUUGGUCAAUCUCUUAUUUCACUUCUUUUCUAUGGAUUUGGAAUAUUUGUUGCUUAUCAAUAUUAUGAAACUGGUUUACAUGUAUUUAACUUUAAAAGAUUUUUAGAAGAAAAUUUUAAUCGAUUUUAUCUUAAUAAAUAA